AACCAGUUCUCAGCAUGCACCUCGACCAAUCAAAAGCAGCCUGCGAUUAUACGUCACUAAACACGGACCUGAACACAUGCGUAGCAGCUGCUUCCGGUUCUACAGAUACCAAAUGGUUCUUUCCUUACGGGACUUUAGGACAACAGAGUGACUUUUGCACGAGUUCCGCUCAGACCACUCUGCAGACUUGUGUGAACACAAUCUUCGCAAACUGUAAACAAGAUGCCAAGAGUGUGAAGAUGUUCAGCGAAUCGGGAGAUAAUUUGCUCAACGCAUAUACCAACUUAUGUGGAAGCACUCUUGUUGAUGCAGCACAAGCUUGCAUGUCAGUAGUGACGUCAGCACAUCAGGCAACGUUCACUACAGCUGAGACAGCGUUCGGCUUGGGAGUAGUGGCAUUACCGACUGCGGCGUCCUUUAUAGAAAUUUGUGGUCUUGCAACCACAAUGAAGUAUACAGCCUAUACCACCAUUCUACCAACCUACUGCACUGACUCGGACCAUUUAGCAGUGUGGUCAUCGUUCUAUGACACCGUUUUGAACACUUACGCAUGCGCAUCGUGUGUCACAGCCAGCAGUGGAACGAGUGUUACGAACUCACUGUGGUUAAUGUCUUUAUCAGUUUGUCUUAUUAUCUUGACAACAUCUUUUCAGGAUUGAGUAUUUGUGUUGAUUUUGUUUGAUUUGCCUUCAUCAUUCAAUCAAUGAACAAAGGCGUUUUUUUCGUAAUAAACUGGUUUCGGUUUUAUAUCGGUUUCACGAACUGUGUGUGUAUUUGUUGUAACAGUUUCAAAUAAAACCAAAACCAGUUUCAAUCGUUUAUUUAACAAAAACCGAAAACCGGUUUUUGAAACUAUCGAAACCCCUACCGGAGGCAGUUUCAUCGGAUUGUUCCAUCCGAAAACUAGUUUACUUCGAAAAGAACAUGGCGGAAAAUGAUUAACCUCGUUUGUUGAAACUCAAUCUUUUUUUAUAACAAUGGCUUACUAUGGGCAAAUGAGCUAAAUGAAAAGGGUUACAUUAGUAAUUGUGUAGCUCAGUAGCUACAGUAGCUCCGCCAUGUUGUUGAUAAUGUACACAUGAACCUUGCAUUUGUUAUUUUAAGCAAAACUAUCAUAACCGGUUUUGUAACUGCUGAAACUAUUGAAACCAAAACUGAAACUGGUUUGGUAUCAACAAAAACGCCCUAGGUGUUAACCCUCUAUUCGUUAAUACUCCUGUACCAGUCCAAAUCAAUACACACCGUCAUAGUAAAGCAUGUGCUGACCUGUUUUCAUUAAAAUAAAAUGUGUAUAAUGUUAUCUUGAUAUUCGUAUAUUGAGUAAGUAUGUGUUUCUACGUUUGCUAAUGUAAU